CGGUGUCACUUGUGGUUUCUGUGUGGAGGAAGUGAGGCCGCUGUGGCUGCGGGCUGUGGGCGGCGCACAGCUUCAGUCUGGCGGAUCCUCUUCAGUCAGUCAGUCCGUGUGGAGGAGAGCGGACGGAGCGGAGCGGCGCACCGGGAUCUGUACUACACGGUAACGGCACCAAGACCACAUCAGACCGGCAGAGAGCGGCGAGCAGCAUGGAGCUGUGAGGGCUGCGGGCCGACCGGGACCUCCUCCCCAAAGAGCACAGUUUGAUCAGCUUAUUCACCGCAUCUGCGAGCUUUUCCCCCCAACAUGGAGCCUACAAGCUGCUGGCUGCUGCUGGCUGCUGCCUUCAUCCUCAUCUGCCACCAAGCUGAAGGAUACGCAUACAGAAAUCAACGCAAGUUCUCAGAAGACAUCGACUGGUCGUACGCAGGAACAUUAAAUCAAAACAACUGGGCCAAGAAGUUUCCAUCCUGCAGCAAUGCCAAGCAGUCUCCCAUCAACAUCGAGGAGAACCUGGCUCAGGUGAAGCUGCAGUACCAGAAACUGAGCUUUGAUGGUUGGGAGAGCCUGACCAGCGACAGGACAACCAUCAAGAACGACGGCAAGACUGUGGCGGUCAGUGUGGAUGGAGAGUUUUAUGUGGGCGGAGGGGGUCUCAAGUCAAAGUUUAAGGUCGGUCGUAUCACUUUCCACUGGGGGCGCUGCAACGCCUCUUCAGAGGGCUCCGAACACAGUCUGGAUGGAGUCAAAUACCCUUUAGAGAUGCAGAUCUACUGUUAUGAAGCGCAUCGCUUUGACUCUUUAGAUGAAGCCAUCAAAGCCGGAGGCAGAAUCACAGCGCUCGCCGUGCUGUUUGAGACGAGCGUCGAAGAGAAUGUGAACUACGCUGCCAUCAUAGAUGCCAUCAGCAGUGUGAGCAGAUAUGGAAAGAGCGCCGAGGUUUUACCCUUCGCCCUGCGAGGUCUCCUGCCAAACUCCACAGAGAAAUACUUCAUCUACAACGGCUCUCUGACGACACCACCCUGCACCGAGACCGUCCAGUGGAUCGUCUUCAAGAACACAGUGACCAUCUCUGAUGACCAGCUGGAGAUGUUCUGCGAGGUGAUGACGAUGCAGCAGGCUGGAUACGUGAUGCUGAUGGACUACCUGCAGAACAACUACAGGGAGCAGCAGCAGCAGUUCAUGGGUCAGGUGUUCUCCUCCUACACCGGCACCGAGGAGGUCCUCACACCAGUGUGCAGUUCUGAACCGGAGAACAUCCAGGCAGCACCUCACAACCUGAGCAGCCUGCUGGUGACGUGGGAGCGGCCGCGGGCGGUUUACGACGCCAGCAUCGAGAAAUAUUCUGUCAGCUACCGACUGGCCAAUGUAGAAAACGCCGCCCCCUGGGUAUACCUGACCGAUGGAGACCAGGAUGUGGGGGCAAUACUCGAUGACCUAUUAGCCAACACCAGCUACGCGGUUCAGGUGGUGGCAGUCUGCACCAAUGGACUGUACGGACGUGCGAGCGACCUGCUCACGGUUGUCAUGCCCGUCGAUGACCCCGAAAAUGCACUGGAUCCAGAUUCAGAUGAAUUCAACAGUGAGGGAGACUAUGAACCUGAUCCGUCUUGGAAUGAACCAGUCCAGACUGAGGAUUAUGAUCCUGUCUGGAUUCCUACAAACUCACCCAGGACCACAACUUCUGGACCGCCUCUUUUACCUCUACCUGGCAUCAGAAGCACAACAGUAGGAUCUGGUCAAAGUGAAACCUCCACUAAUCCGAUUCCCUGGGUCAGAUCCACCCAGCAUGAUCCAUUCCUUAGUCGCUCUGAAGAUACAGCACACCACGGUACCUCCAUGCAGCCACCAGAGGUCACCCUGCCUCCAGAAACCAGAGGAAGUGCUGAAUUCAGUGGCAGUGUUCCAUUUUACUCCACAACUACAACCAAGGAAGUCUUCAUUUCCACUUCCACUACUCCUUUAUACCACAGUGCAAAAACAGAUGGUGUUCUUGGAGGCAUCAGUCCAAAAGACUCUGAAAGAACAGAACAUGCUGUUAGUACUGCGACUACUUCGUUCACCAUUGCAAAGACAAAAGGUGGUACAUACAGCACCACCAUGACCACACUGAGGUCACGUACCAGUGAUAUAAUUAGCACAACAACAUCGUCACCCUUCAUCCAGGCGGAGACAAACCCAGGCCUUAACGAAGAAGCCACCACUGAUGGAGGUGUGUCCACUGGGCCCGGAGGUCUUCCAGAGAUCCAGGCUGAAAGUUCGACCUCCCAAACACCCUCCUCAAGUGAAGCGGUUCCAAGUAGGCCUACAAGUCCCAGCAUGCCCCAUUUUUCAUCCACCACGGCCUCUGUCCAGUUGAGUGGCGUUCUAUUGCAGACCACACAGCCGCUGUCCAAUGCCACAACGUCUGGCAUCAGGGAUCCCUGGUUCUCGGCAUCAGACGGGAACCCCUUCCUAAAAACCUCUGCCCUCCCUUCCUUACCCUCAGUGUCCUCCUUCACCCCCAUCCCAGAAGGACAGGCAUUAGACGCUAGCAGCAGUGCCUCCGGUUCGGCCCUGUUCCCUGACUCCCAGGAGGGCAUAGAUCAGGAGUGGGAUAGGGUCCAAAUCUCUGCCUCUGGAGACAGCGCAUUGCCAUAUUCAACCGAAGUCAUUAACACCAUCCCCCCGUCAACGACGUCUGAGUCUGGCCAAAGCCCUGAUGAUUUUGAUGAACGCUCCUCAGCGUUCUAUUUUGAAAACGAGAGCGGUAGUGCCAUCACCUCGGAGGUAGGAGAUGCCACAGGAACGCCAACCCUUCCUGCGGUAACCUCGGCUUCACCCUGGUCGCUGGGUGGGGAGGAGGAGAGCGGCUCAGGUCAGAGCGAAAGCCUGUAUGACAACGAGACGUCCUCUGACUUCAGUAUCUCCGAGCGCACAGAAAGAGAGUCGGAGGAAGAGGAGCCAGUGGCAGACGCCAGCAACAGCAGCCAUGAGUCCAGAGUUGGUUCGAUCAGGGAGAGAGAGAGGAAGGCUGUGGUUCCUCUGGCCGUCAUCUCCACCCUCACCGUCCUCGGCCUGGUCAUCCUCAUCGGCAUCCUGGUCUACUGGAGGACCUGUUUUCAGACGGCUCAUUUCUACAUCGAUGACAGCUCAUCACCCAGAGUCAUCGCUGCGCCGUCAGCUGCCUCAGUAACAUCCGGUGAGGAAACAACCUUCUCAGUGAAGGAGUAUGUCAAACACGUGGCCGAGCUUCACGACACCCGCCGCUUUCAGCAACACUUUGAGAUACUGAAGGAGAGUUACGAGGAGGUUCAGGUGUGCACGGUGGACAUGGGGAUGACGACUGACAGCUCCAACCAUCCUGACAACAAGACUAAAAACAGAUACAGCAACAUCCUGGCCUAUGACCACAGCCGGGUGCGACUCUCGCCACAGCCUGACAAAGACGGGAAGACGAGGGAUUACAUCAACGCAAACUAUGUUGACGGAUUCAAGCAGUCGCGGUCGUACAUCGCCGCUCAGGGUCCCCUGAGGUCGAGCACCGAGGACUUCUGGAGGAUGAUCUGGGAGCAAAACGUCAGCGUCAUCGUCAUGAUCACCAACCUGGUGGAGAAAGGAAGAAGGAAGUGUGACCAGUACUGGCCAGCAGAGAUGCAGCAGGAGUACGGCAGCUACCUGGUGACGGUGAAGAGCAGCAGGGUGCUCGCCUACUACACCCAGAGGACCUUCACUGUGAGGAACAUCCACGCCAAAAAGGGCUCUCAGAAGGGACGGAGCAAUGAGAGGACGGUGGUGCAGUACCAUUACACCCAGUGGCCCGACAUGGGCGUUCCAGAAUUCGCUCUUCCGCUGCUAAGCUUCGUCCGCAAGUCGUCACGUGCGAGGACGGACGACAUGGGGCCUGUGGUGGUGCACUGCAGUGCCGGCGUGGGCCGGACGGGCACGUACAUCGUCCUCGACAGCAUGUUGAAGCAGAUGAGAGAAGAGAACAACGUCAACAUCACAGGCUUCCUCAAACACAUCCGCACGCAGAGGAACUACCUGGUUCAGACAGAGGAACAGUAUGUUUUUAUCCAUGAUGCCCUGGUGGAAGCCAUCUUGUCUGGAGAGACGGAGGUGGCGGCACCUCACCUGCACAGGUACGUGGACGAGCUGCUGAUCCCGGGGCCUGCUGGGAGGACGCGCUUGGACAAACAGUUCAAGCUGGUUUGUCACUCUGAAGUGAAACAGUCUGACUACUCUGCAGCUCUCCAGGACUGCAAUCGCAGCAAGAACAGAGACUGCUCCGUGAUACCUGUUGAGAGGUCGCGAGUACGCUUGUCUACAACGGCACAGGAAACAUCAGACUACAUCAACGCAUCGUACAUCACCGGUUACAGACAGAGCAGCGAGUUCAUCAUUACCCAAAAUCCUUUGCCUGGGACCAUGAAGGACUUCUGGAGGAUGAUAUGGGACCACAACGCCCAGGUCAUAGUAUCACUGCAGGGAACACCAUCAGUCGAGACGCAGGAGGAGGCGGAGCCUUAUGUCAUUUGGCCCCGUAAAGGACAGCCAAUCAGCUAUGAGACAUUCACUGUCACGCAGAGAAGUGAGAAUCACAUUUGUUUGGCCAACGAGGACAUGCUGGUAGUCCGGGACUACGUGCUGGAAGCUUCACAGGAUGACUACGUUCUGGAGGUGAAACAGUACCACGCCCCCCGCUGGCCAAACCCUGACAGUCCCAUCAGCAACACCUUUGAGCUCCUCAACCUGGUGAAAGAGGAGAGCGCGGCCAAGGACGGGCCCACUGUGGUCCACGAUGAUGUGGGUGGAGUCACGGCAGGAACGUUCUGCGCUCUGACAUCGCUGACUCACCAGCUGGAGGUCGAAGGUUCAGUCGACGUCUUCCAAGUGGCCAAGCUGACAAACCUCAUGAGACCCGGACUCUUCAGUGACAUCGAGCAGUACCAGUUCUUGUACAAAGCCAUGCUGAGCCUCAUUGGGACACAAGAAGACGAGAAAACCCUCCAGUCUUCCGACAACAACGGUACCAUCGUGGUGGGAACCGCAAGCACUGCCGAGAGCCUUGAAUCCCUGGUGUAACUGCAAAUAAAAAGAACAUUUACAAAUGAGCAGCAGCAUUUUGUCUCUCCUCUUCAGCCACCAACAGAGCUCCUUCUGAUGCCAGACUCUUGCUACAACUACUCAGUAAAAACCCUUGUUGUUCAGGACGUUGUAGUUGGAGGCUGGCGCGUACUGAACGAAUUUCUUCUUCAUUGGAUCUGGACUCCCUGCGGUUUUUGUAACGCGUGCCUUCCUUUUUUUGUACUUUUCAUCCUGUUCUUCUAACUUUGAUAUGAGCUGUAGACUAACUGUCCAAUGUUUUAAUGCUGUACUGCCACAUUUCACUCAACUAACAAACUUUUCCUAAACCUUUUGUAUUUAUUGGCACUGAGCCAAAUGGUGGAAAAAAAGGGAAAUCUGCAUGUUUUUACAUCAAAUGAGAUAUUUUGUUAGCUUGUCUUUUAUCUCCUGCACUGAACUCCUUUCUGUAAAUACAGUACCAUCGCAGCAGUAGCAGCAGUGUGCUAUUGAAGUCAAAUAUAAAAUAAGGGCCUGGAAUAAUGAAAAAUAAUAAUCUAAUGUAAAUAAUAUUAUAGUAAUCAACUCGAUGGACCAAAUUUCUAUUUAUACUUUUAGAUUUUAUAUUUUACCAUUUUUAGUGCAUUCAAAUGUUAUGUUUUAAUUCUACUUGCUUAGUUUGAGAACAUUAAUGCUUUUAUAUUCUGGAUUUUGUAACAGACUAAAUAUGAUGCAUGGGGUACUGACAUGUUUGUUUUUUAGCUGGACAUGAAACACUGCUGGAUUAUUAGCUAGGGGAUUAAAUACAUGAAACACCAAA